UAUCUCUGGCUGCAGCCACAGGUUGAUCACCUGUUUCUCUCAGCGCUGUGGGAACGCACGAGCUCCACGCAGCAGCAGCCAGCCGUGGCGGUCGGGCGCGCGCCUCCAUACCAACACAUUCAUCCAGAGCACAAAGGAAUGGAACUGGCUCCGCGACUUACCUAAGCUCCGCCCCUCGCUGCGCUCAGGUGGGGACCACGAGCGGCGGAGCAGAGCCUUCAGACGCCACGUCAACCACAACAAACAAACUCGGACUCAAGCAGUAGUUUCCGGUCGCUGCCGGGCUCACACCAUGCUGGACCCGUCAUCCAGCGACGACACAGGCGGGGAGUCCGACCAAGAAGUUGUCCGGGAGCCUCGGAGAACACCUGCCGCUUCCUCGGUCACGGAGAAGCGGGGACACAGCGGCCGUUCGGGCAGACAGCAGCUGCAGCUUCCCACCCCUGGAGCCGCAGCCCCCGGCAAAGGAGCGAAGAAGAGCCAUGAGGAGGAGGAGGAGGAGGAGGAGGAGUGGAAGGAGCGCGAGCGUUUUCAGAAGGAGGAAGAGGAGAGGAAAAUGAACCUGCAGAUUUACGUGUUCGUUCUGCGGUGCAUCGCCUACCCGUUCAACGCCAAGCAGCCCACUGACAUGACCCGGAGGCAGCAAAAGGUGAACAAGCAGCAGCUGCAGACUGUGAAGGAGCGUUUCUUGGCCUUCCUGAAUGGAGAAACUCAGAUUGUGGCUGAUGAAGCCUUCUGUAAUGCUGUAAGAAGCUACUAUGAGGCCUUCAGAAUAAAAGUAAACAACCUAUAG